AUGCCAGGCAAAAACCUGACAAGCAAGUCCGGCACCUUGGCAUAUCUUGCCCCCGAGGUCUACGCAGGAAACGGCUAUGACGUACGCGCUGAUUGGUGGUCAUUGGGUGUCUUAUUCUACGAAUGCAUUUACAACAAGAGGCCGUUCGAGGGAAAUUCCGAAUCAUCAUUGAGCGCCGUUAUUCAAGCUGCAAAGCCCAGGUUUCCCGUAACAAAUCCUCCGGUGUCGCUUACAUGCAUGUACGCCAUCCAGGCCGCCCUGGAACCCAAUCCGAGCAAACGUAUGGGCCACACAUGGGAGAGCUUCAUUCACAAUGACUUUUUCUCCAUGAUCGAUUUCAUGGCCCUGGAAAGGAAGGAGAUUGAGCCAGUGUUUAUCCCAUCAUCCGAAAAAACCAACUUUGACGCUACUUACGAUUUGGAAGAGCUGCUUUUGGAGGAGGCGCCGCUUGAGGCUCGUGCGCGCAGACAGAAACCUAGGGAAAGGUUAAAGGACGACGCGACAGACAAGGAGAUUCGUGAGGACGAGCUCUACAGGAUGAUAGAGACGGAUUUCCGCAACUUUGACUACACUGUGGCCGCUUAUAAGAAAAUCGCAUCACAAACCACCCAACCAAACGGGCAACCAGCAGCCGCCGCCGGCAAAGAAAACCUCCAGCCCGGCACCGCCCAAACAACCGACACGGCCACAGCCGCGCCCGCCACGACAAACGGCAACUCCCCAACCGACAGCAACAAACUCACCCGCCCCCCGUCAAACCACUCGCGACGCAGCGCCCCAGGCCGCCCUCCCCCGCUGCCGCCAUACCCCCAGUCUUACAACCCCCGCGCUGGAAACCGUUCGGGACCAGGAAUGAUUGUCGAGUCCCCAACAGGCGGCGUACAGGUUACUCUCGACGGGGGCGGUAGCUGGAGCGACCUUGCCAGACAGGACGCGACACUCCCAGCGGACGCCUCUGGGGCGAAUAACGAACUGGAUGGAAAGGAAAGCGGCGGUGGGGGUGUCUUUGGGUUUUUGAGCAGGAAGAAGGGGAGGGGGAAUAGUCCGAAGCCUAAAGAAAGGGGUGUAUUGGGCAAGGAGGGUGCGAGAGUGGUGAUUGGGUAA